AUGGUUAACGACAAAGACAAGGUACCUGAGCCUACCAUCGCUGAUGUGCUCAGAGAGGUGCAACGUCUGACAAUAGCAGUUGAUAUGUUAACUACUCGUGUUGAGCGAGUAGAGGAACGUCGGGGUAAUCCAGGAGACGGAGAAGGAGGCAGGAGAUUUGCUCGUGUCCUUCAACGUACGGGUCCCCAACCGAUUGGUGUGAAACAAACUUAUGAGGAGGAUUCAUCUGAUGAAGAAGCGAAAGAGUUGUUUGCAGAAAAUCCUAACCCUAACCCUAGGGGAAACCAAAGGCAUGAUGAGUUUCGCAUGAAGGCAGACCUUCCCUCCUUCAAUGGAAACUUCAAUAUUGAAGCUUUCCUAGACUGGAUCGCUGAAGUUGAAAGAUUCUUUGAUUUCGCAGAAAUUCAUGAAAACAAACAAGUGAAACUGGUGGCAUAUCGCUUAAAAGGAGGAGCUUCGCCUUGGUGGGAGCAAGUGCAAAACCAACGACGACGUUUGGGAAAACAACCGGUGAGAUUAUGGGUGAAGAUGAAGAGGAUGAUGAUGGCUCGUUUUCUUCCUCCGGAUCAUGAACAGUUUCUAUUCCAUCAAUAUCAGACACUAAUUCAGGGACAAAAAUCUGUAGCAGAUUAUACUACGGACUUUUUGCGCUUAUCGUCGCGAAAUAAUCUGAUGGAGACUGAAGGGCAACAAAUUUCGAGAUAUAUUCAUGGGCUGAAGCCAACAAUCCGUGAAAAGAUUGGAUGUCAAGUUAUCCUCACUCUCAGCGAGGCCCAGAAUAUGGCGCAACGGGCUGAAUCCAUGGGAUUUAGGAGCUACUAUGGGAGAGAAGAAAAUCGCAGGAAUUUUGGUGAAACAAACAAACCAAACUCUAACCUCGAAGUUGCUUCAAGUUCUAAUAAACGAGAUAUUGUUGUGAAGGAGAACAUAAAGAAACAAUCAGAAAACCCAUAUGCUAAGCCAACCGGAGAUAAAUGCUACAGAUGCCAUGAGAUUGGGCACCGAUCGAACAAUUGUCCGAAACGCCGUCCGGUGAAUAUGACUGAGCAUGGUAAGGAUGACGAUGCAACUGAGCAUGAAAUCGAUGAAGAAGAGGGAGUUUGCAGCCUGAUGGAGAAGAAUAUGAUGAACACCCAACAUAGUGGCAGCUGUGAGAAUAUUAUUUCUCAAAGUUUGGUUCGAGCAUUACAAUUACCUGUGGAAAAACAUCCUGAACCAUAUAGUAUUGUGUGGAUUAAUAAUGGUGAGGGUAUCAAGGUUAAGGAGAGGUGUCGUGUGCCUUUAUCUAUUGGAAAAUAUUAUAAAGAUGAGGUUAUGUGUGACAUUGUGGACAUGGAUGCUUGUCAAUUACUAUUUGGCAGACCUUGGCAGUUUGAUCUUGGCACUACUCAUGAUGGGAGGAAAAAUAUUUAUCAAUUCUUCAAGGAUGGGAAGAGCAUAACGUUGCUGCCUUUAGGGUUUAAAAAGAAAAUUGAAAACCAUAAGUUUCUGACAUUAACCCGUUCAGUGAAAGAAUUGAUGGACGAUGCACGAGAUACUAGAGAAAUUCUUGCUUUGGUGGUGAAGACGGUACCCAUGGUCAAAAAUUCUGCAAGGAUGAACGAGACUCCAGAUCGAGUUCUCGAAUUGUUUAAGGAAUUUCAAGAUUUGGUUCCUGACGAGCUUCCUUCAAAGUUACCGCCAAUGAGAAAUAUACAACAUGCCAUUGACUUGGUCCCCGGAGCCUCGUUACCAAACUUACCUCACUACCGUAUAAGUCCAAAAGAGGGAACAAUUUUGCAACAGAUGGUAGAGGAUUUGUUACUCAAAGGAUUGAUUCAAGUAAGCAUGAGCCCUUGUGCAGUUCCCGCAUUACUAACUCCAAAAAAAUAUGGUUCUUGGCGCAUGUGCGUGGACAGUCGAGCAAUAAAUAAGAUCACUGUGCGUUACAGGUUUUCGAUUCCACGAUUAGAAGAUAUGUUAGACAACUUAUCUGGGGCGAGAAUUUUUAGCAAGAUAGACCUGCGAAGUGGUUACCAUCAGAUCCGCAUCAGACCGGGAGACGAGUGGAAGAUAGCUUUCAAAACAAAAGAGGGUCUUUAUGAGUGGCUCGUUAUGCCGUUCGGAUUGUCAAAUGCCCCUAGCACAUUUAUGCGAUUGAAGAAUGAGUUACAUGCAAACAAGUCUCCUUUUCCUUGGCUUUGUGAUUAG